CCCCUUUUCUACACCAUCAACCUCAUCAUCCCCUGCCUGCUCAUCUCCUGCCUCACCGUGCUGGUCUUCUACCUGCCGUCCGACUGCGGUGAGAAGGUCACGCUCUGCAUCUCCGUGCUGCUCUCGCUGACCGUGUUCCUGCUGGUCAUCACCGAGACCAUCCCCUCCACCUCGCUGGUCAUCCCGCUCAUCGGCGAGUACCUGCUGUUCACCAUGAUCUUCGUCACGCUGUCCAUCGUCAUCACGGUCUUUGUGCUCAACGUGCAUUACAGAACGCCGACCACGCACACCAUGCCCACGUGGGUCAGGACCAUCUUCCUGCACCUGCUUCCCAGGGUCAUGUUCAUGACCAGGCCGGCUGGGAGCGAGGGCCACACCCAGAAGCCAAGGCCCUCGUACAACGCGGAGCUCUCCAACCUGAACUGCUUCAGCCGCACGGAGCCCAGAGGCUGCAAGGAAGGCUGUCGCUGCCAGGACGGGACGUGCGGCCAGUGUCACCACCACAGGAUAAAAAUUUCAAAUUUCAGCGCCAACCUCCCGAGAAGCUCCAGCUCAGAGUCCGUCCACGCCGUGCUGGCCCUCACUACGCUGUCGCCGGAAAUCGGAGAAGCCAUCCAGAGCGUCAAGUAUAUUGCCGAAAAUAUGAAAGCACAAAACGAAGCCAAAGAGGUAAGGAGACGUUUUUCCCUGGGGCAGACGUGCAGGGUGGGCCUGAGAGGUUCGACCCGAGUCCGCAGCUGUGCUCCAACCGCUUCUCCACGGAACAGCCGGGUGUCCCUGAAUGUGUGGCAUCACUGCUCCCAGCCUGUGUCCUCGCGCACGGUGGGACCACAGACCCACGUGCAUGCCCCGGAGUCAGGCCCGAGUGGCUCGCGGUCCGGAGAUGAGCCAGAAGAGGGCACGAGAGCAGACCACCUCCACGUAGCCCUGAGCUGACCUACAGCCGACACUUUACUUUCUGGCUGUGUGUCUGCCCCAUUUAGGUAUAAGUGCACACGUGUAACCCUGAGCCGAGUAAGGACAUGGGACGUUUCCGGUGCCCCCUCCCGGUGACACCCCACCCUGGGUAACCACUGAUCCCGACCUCCUGGACGUCGGUUAGCUUUACCUUUCCUUGACCCUGGUAUAAAUAGGAUUCUGUGGCACACUCCCUUCCACGGCUGAUGUCUUUCAUCCAACCCAGUGUCUCUGAGGUUUGUGUUUCCAUGACACCUGCUGCUGCCUUAUUCCACAGUUGCUGCACAAGCGGUUAUUUCUAGUUUGGGGCUAUUUUGGGGAAGGUACCAUAAAUAUUCUCAUACACGCCCUCUGGUGAACAUACGCACCCGUGUCCCUUGCUGAUCACCGCAUGGAGACAUUUUUAACUUCGGUGAUGGCUACUGCGAGGUUCCCAAGGUGUUGGGCCGGUGACGUCUCACCCCAGGUGACGUUUGAGAGCUGCCGUGGCUGCACGCCCUCACUCUGACAUGUGCAAACUGGUGCAUCGUUGCCGUUUUAACCAGACUUUCCCUGCUGAGGAACGAGUAGGAAUCUUUUCCGUAUGCUUAUUGACCGUUUGUACAUCUUCUCUCCUGAAGGAUCCAGGCCAACUCUCUUGCUCAUUGUUUUUAAUUGGGUGAACUUCCCUUUCCUCCACAGAUCUCA